UUCUUAGUUUUGAAACAUUUUACAAAAUUAAUGAAUAUAUUCAAAAGUAUGAAUACUUAUUUAUUUCAUGAACACUUUUCAAACUAGAGACUUGUUUUACUGUUUUACAACAUUUUUUAUUCCGUGGGCGUUCUUAUAAUUAUUUAUUUAUUUUUUAAAAAGUCAUGACCAUUUUCAAAAGCUCAUGAACGAGUUAUAAAUUCAUGAUUUGUUUAACAAAAAUCAUGAAAAAGUUUUAAGCCCGUGAACAUCUUCAUACCUAAGGGUUUUUAAAAAAAACCUACUUAACUAUUUUGUUUCAUGGCUAUUUUUAUAAAAAUCAAAAAAAAGUCAUUGGUCGUUUUCUUCCCUGAGCUAGCCGAGAAAAAUUAAACGGGCGAGCCAGCCAUCCGACCUAACGACGAGGCCCAAUGCUCGUUCUUGGGCAUUUUGACGAGCGCCUAAUAGGAGAAAAGCAGCCGGUAGCCCAUUCGAAAAGAGAAAACUUGCACCGUCUGCCCGCCGAUUUUUCUUUUUUUAAUAUAAAAAAACUCCUCCCGCAGAUGAAUCCGAAUAUUCCUCUCAUGGUUCGGAUGCGUACGCCCUUUCCCCUUGGCCACGACGAUUCCUUGCUGUAGCUGUCCAAGAUCCCUUCCCUCCCCAUCGCUCUCUCUUCUUCCACCUCGCCGGCCGGCAUUCUCCUUGGAUCACGUCGCGGCACGGCAACGGCAAUGGUGGUCUCGUACACGCAGGAGCACGUGUACCUCCACCCCUGGCACCGCGUCACCGCGGCGGCGUGGCGCAAGUUCACCGACCCGGCGGCGCGCGCCGCGCCGCUCUCCCACAUCCUGGACGUGCAGACGCUGUCCCGGGGCGUCGACCCGCGCGCCGGCCGGCUCCACGCCGUGCGCGCCAUCGCGGGCCGGACUCCGCCGCUCCCGUUCCUGCUCCGCCCGCUCGCCGCCAGCGCCGGCGUCGGCGACGUGGUGCUCUGCGUGGAGCGCACCUCCGUGGACGCGCCCGCGCGCGCCAUGCGGGUGGUCUCCCGCAACGCCACCUUCCGGCGGCUGGUGGACGUGGAGGAGCGGUGCAGCUACGCGCCCCACCCGGAGCGGCCGGACGAGUGGACGCUGUUCACGCAGGAGACGAGCAUCCGGUGCGCGCCGCUUGCGGCCGUGUCGGCCACGGUCGCCGAGAUGGUGGAGCGGCGGUGCGCGGAGAGCUUCUUGCAGAACGCGGCCAAGGGGAAGGAGGUCGUCGAGAGGAUCUGCGACGGCCUCGCGCUCGCGGACCGCGUGCCAGGACCCUCCCCGGCCGACGGAGAAGAACAGUAGUGGUAGGGACAUAGCAUGCUCGGUCUCUGUUGCUGAUGUGUAAAUACUGUAAAUUCACGACGUCCACUGAUCAAAUUCUGUAAAUUCACAAUAUCCAUUGUUCAAAUUGCCGGACCUGUCAC